AUGUUUUAUGGUGCCAAGGGCCCUCUACUAAUUGAACGUAUAGGCCAUCUACUCUCUACAAAUUACGGCAGUAGGGAAGAAAGAAGACAAUGGGCCAUCCAAGGCAUAAACUAUUUGCAAGGAAUCCAGUACACGAAUUCUCCCUAUAUAGGUCUUUUAAUAAAAGAGAGCGGAUUAAGACUUCCAGAUCAACUUAAAAUCCAACUAGUAGGUAAACCGCAUUUUUCAUUGCUUGGUGGAUUCGAUGAGAGUACUGCGCAAGACUUAAUUUCACAUAAUUUUAGUAAUGCUAUAUUUCAAAUGGAGUCAAAAGAGGUUCCCUUGAGUAAACAAUACCAGCACUUAGAGAAAAUUACUCAAAUAUAUUUAUUAUGCCGGAAUUUCAAAGGCAUUGAAGAAAUUGAAUAUAAUUUGAAAAGCUUCACUAAUAGCCACGAGAAUAAUGAUAACUUAAAAUUCGCCCAUAAUGAGAAGACGACAAUGGUAAAAGACCGAAAUAAUCACGAUAUUGCUCAAGAAAAUCUUUUUUCACUUAUAAGGAUACAACUGAUGUUCUGCGUUUCAUAUUUUUUACAGGAAAGGUACUUUGACUGUUGCACGAAAUUCUUUCUAAUAAUAAAUUCAGAACCCCUGACGUUGAAAGUCCUUUCAGAAUAUGUAGACAGCAUGGAGUUUAUUUCCAAAGAGGAGUUUCUAAUGAUGAUUAAUAUCUCCGUGCUCAUUUCCAUUCCGUUGGACAAUUAUGACGAUUUUAUUUAUUUAAACGAUAUAAAGCCGUUCUUCCAAAUGACACCAGUCCUAAUCAAAUGUCUCGAAUUAUUGAUCAAUACAAACUUUAAUCAGUUUUUCCAAGUAUGGCAUGGUGAAAUAAAUAGGGUUUGUAUGGAAAGCUUUUUUCUAGAACCUAGCUGGUCAUCUUCCGCUGCUAUUAUAAUGAGAUGCAAGAUUUAUUUCUUUUAUUUGAGAAUUUCUAAAAGACUACAGUUUAGUUAUUUAUCAUCCACAUUAGGUAUUGAUCUGGAGGAUAUUAAAGAAGAACUAACUAAUCUGAUAGUGUCGGGACAGCUAAAUUUCGAAAUUGAUGAUGACGUGAUACACUUUGAGGAUAGCUCAAUCCUGCAAAGUAUUAUCAACGAAAUUGGAAAAAACGGCACCAUAAUCAACAAGGCCAUAGGUGAGCUGAAAAAUGAAAACAUGGAUUUGAAAGACAUUAUUCAAAGUAAUCCCGUACAAUAUAGUUGUACGAACAAUGCAAUAAAUGCUAUCAAUAAUGAAAGCAGUGAAGAUAUGGAUAUAGAUGAAGUUAUCGAUACAAGUGAUAUCAGCAAUACAGAAGACGGUUUAUUUGGAAACUGA